UCUCCAAAUCCAAAUUUGCUUUUUUCCUUCUGUAAAUCAAUUCAUUGAUUAGCAAUCAUUCAACAUUUCUCUCUCAAACCCCAUUCUUUUACGUUCUCAAAUUCAUUGUUCCUGCUUUUGUAUAAACCCAAAGAAAAAGAUCAAAGUUUUUACCGGAAAAGAAUAAAAAAGCUAAAAAAAUGGGUUCUCAUAAGCUAUAUCCCAGCUUUUCGCUUUCAGUUUCUCCGGCGACCAAUCUCCGCCGCCCGUUAAACAAUGGGAGAGUGAAUGCAUCUCUAAACAUGGACGUGGAAGCACCUAAUCCAUUGAAAUUGAAGUCGAAUGGAAGCAAUGAAGUGAUAGAGAAAGAUGCGAAGUUUAUUGUUGCAACGUAUGCAAGAGCUCCGGUAGUUCUUUCCAGUGGGAAGGGCUGUAAAUUGUAUGAUCCGGAAGGGCGAGAGUUUCUUGAUUGUGCAGCUGGGAUUGCUGUGAAUGCGCUUGGUCAUGGGGAUCCCGAUUGGCUCAGGGCUGUUACAGAACAAGCCAGUAUUCUUACUCAUGUUAGUAAUGCCUACUAUAGCAGUCCUCAGGCGGAGCUUGCAGAACGUCUUGUGGGUAAUUCCUUUGCUGAUAGAGUAUUUUUCACCAACUCUGGAACGGAAGCAAAUGAAGCUGCUAUUAAGUUUUCCAGGAAGUUCCAAAGAUUUAUACAUCCUGAUAAUAAGCAGCCUGCAACAGAAUUUAUCUCCUUUACGAAUAGCUUCCAUGGUAGGACGAUGGGAGCCCUUGCUUUGACGAGUAAAGAGCACUAUCGUUCACCAUUUGAGCCUGUUAUGCCCGGAGUUACUUUCUUGGAGUAUGGCAACAUACAAGCUGCAAUAGAUCUUAUUAGGAAUGGGAUGAUUGCUGCUGUAUUUGUAGAACCAGUUCAGGGUGAAGGUGGAAUAUACAGUGCAACAAAAGAGUUUUUGCAAGCUCUGCGUUCCGCUUGCGAUGAUGCUGGAUCCCUCUUGGUUUUUGAUGAGGUUCAAUGCGGAUUGGGUCGAACUGGUUAUCUCUGGGCACACGAAGCAUACGGCGUAUUCCCGGAUAUGAUGACACUUGCAAAGCCACUUGCAGGAGGACUUCCAAUAGGUGCGACUUUGGUAACUGAAAGAGUUGCUUCUGCCAUAGCCCAUGGGGACCAUGGAAGUACUUUUGCAGGUUCACCUUUUGUUUGCAGUGCUGCAAUUUCUGUUUUCAAUAAAAUAGCAAACCCCAGUUUCUUGUCCAGCGUCUCGAAGAAAGGUGAUUACAUGAAAGAGUUGUUGAACCAGAAGCUCGGAGGGAAUCCGCACGUGAAAGAAAUACGAGGAUGGGGUCUUAUGAUUGGGAUAGAGCUGGACGUGACUGCUUCGCGCCUUGUAGAUGCGUGCCGAAAUUCUGGACUUCUUGUAUUGACAGCAGGGAAAGGAAAUGUGGUGAGACUGGUGCCACCACUGAUCAUCUCAGAGGAAGAAUUGAAACAUGCAGCUGAGAUUCUUCAUGAAUGUUUACCAGCACUUGAUAACAGUAACUGAGUUUAAGAUAGUUUAGAAGAGCGGUGUGUUUACCUGUGGUUUAGUAUAAAAAUAACGGUGGUGGUGAGAUUAGGUGCUGUAGCGAUUGGAUGCGGUGCGGUGCGUUUAGCUUACUUUUUGUCUUACGCUACAGUAUUGCUACAGUAUUUAAUCUUACAGCCACCAUUAUUUUUAUACUAACAGCAGUUAAAUGCACCGCACAUUCAAACUCACCUUAAGACAGUUGGGUAAACAUUUGGCAUUUAGUAUGUUUGGAAGGUGUUGAAAAAUUUGCAGCUUUAUGUUAAACUUAUAAAACAAUCAAAAUAAGUAUUUCAUUUUGUACUUUAAUUGCAAAGCUCACUCUCAGUAAAAUCGAGCGCGGUUUGGUAGCGGCCCAUGAAAACAUCUCCGGGGAGGUAGAGCAACAUCCAAAGAUUUUGUUAGUUCUAUUUAUAGCAUUAUUGUAACAUAUUAUUUUUCAUACUCUUUUAAUGAUAGUAAAUUUUGUGAUGUUGUUAAUUUUA